AUGCUCUUAAAUUGCUCUGAUCUGGCCCAGUACAUGCCUGAGGGUGUGAAACGUGCCGAGGUUUUUGCAAUCUAUACCCUCUCAGACCCGCAUCUUCUGAAUUACACAUUCGACUUCGAAAAAAAACAAUGGAAUGCAUCAGAGUGAGUUUUUUUUGCUUUCGAAAUUCGACUGAUUUUGAAAUUUUGAGCUGAAUACAAAUUUUUUUUUGUGAUUCCAGGCCUGUUCGUUUGUAUCCAGAUGACGGCAAGCGUCACUCGGCAUUCUUCUCCGAAAACUUUGACCGGAUUGCAGUUACGUACAAUGGCCCCGGUGGGUGAGUAUUAACCAAAAGCUAUUUUUUACUCUAAGUUCGACACUCACAUUUCGGUGGAACUUGUCAAAACUUAAGUUUUUUUUGAAGUCGCAGUAAUCUUUUCAGCACAAAGUUUUACUACUGGCGAGACGCGCCCGAACAAAGUUUUGAGAUGCCUGGAUUUAACCAAUUAUAUAGACCAGUCUUUAUGAUCGGAGACGCGUUGUAUUAUUGGACAUAUAUAGUUACUACAGGCGGAGAGAGAGAGAGAACUACUGUGGAGCAUUGGUUUUUACGAAGUCGGGGCAAACCCGGCAAAUUCGAAAAGAUUUAUGAACGACGAUGGUUCCCCGGGCACAUAACUAAUUCCCUCCUCUACAUGCGCGAUGUGGACAUUAUGUAUUAUAUACCCUACACGGGGGUGUGUACGCAGCUUUUUCAAAUUUUUUCCAAGGUAUGGAAAUGUGAAAAAUUUGAUUUUACGGCAGGAAAUAUCAAGAUUUUGUUUUAGUUAGGUGUAAAAAAUAUUUUUUUUCAUUUUUUUUCAGGGAAUGCACGACCAGCCAUGCAACAACUCAAUUGGAAUUUUUACCAGAGCCAAACCAGGCGUUAUUUAUCCGCUUGUAAGUUGUUUCACCUUUUUUUUGGGAAUUCUAACAAUGUUUUAGUCAAUGUUCGGAUGGCAUGGAAGAAACUGCGACCCGUUAGUUCAUAAAAAUCUUUACGAUGAUACGGCGUAUAUCCGUUUUGAAGUCCAGCCGCCUACGGUAGGUGGAAAUUAUUUUUAUUUUCUAUGCACGGUGCAAAGCAAAGUUUGUUCUCAGCCGCACAGUGCAGAAAAAAGUUACGGUUCAAAUGAUGCGGUAAGUUUUAUCUUAUCUUCAGACCACCACGACUACCACCACUACCACGACUACUCCGGUGAGUUUAUGGGCAUAAACAAAAUUUUGUUUUCUCUUUGUGACUGCAUCAAUCACCGUGCCAUCGAAAUUUUUGCGCACACUGCGGCUUUUGUGAGCCUUUGGGUUGUGGCGCCGCCCGAUUGUGACGCAGAAAUUUUCAGACUACAACAACAACAACCACCACCAGCAGCACCACCACCACCACCACCACCACUCCAACUACCACCACCGCCACCACCCCCACCACAACCACUCCAACAACUAGUUUGACCAAGUCUACCAGUACAUCAUCCACUACAGUGCCGUCUACUCUAUCCCCAACCACAAUUGAUCCCAAUAUCAAGUCAAGUACAGAUAAUAUGUCUUACGUCAUCACAAAGUUGCCUGCACAGUACGUUAUUUUAGAGCUGGCCAACGGUUUUUAAUAGUAUGAUCGUCUAUUUUUAGAUCUGAAAAGUUAGUUAUGCCAGCUGACUACUCAACUAUCUACGUUUUCACUGGCUCGUUCCUUGGCUUGCUACUCCUUCUCUGCCUUUGUUCCAUUGUAAUUGCGCUGCUCUACAGAAGAAGAAAGGAUAAGGUAAAGAACUUGUUCAGGCCCCAUAAAUGCACCGGGUUUUUAGGAAGAAAAGACAAAUGAGAGAAAGUUGAAGGCCUCGAAUAAGCGUCGUCGUAGGUCGACGAGAAAAUGGACAAAGACGAGUGGUACUGAUGUGGAGACAAAGACGGAUCCUCACUCUUCAAUGGGAAAUACGAAGUCGUCCAAGGUAAGGGAGGAAAUUGAAAAAAUUGUGACUGCACUGUGCAAGUAAUCAAUUUUUGCACAGUGCCAGAUUUUUAUUUCGUUUUUACAAAAAAUAUGGAAAAAGGUUCCACAACUUUUUUUUUCAGAAAGCCAAGAAGGGAAAGAAUCGAAAGCAGAGAACUGAGUCUGUCGAUCGUUCUGUUCUGACCAAUAAAAACUCAUCGCUUAUGUUCAAGACCACGGGCGGAACCCAAGAGUUUCUCUAG